AUGAAAGGAACCCUUUUGGUGAGAAAUGCCAAAAACCGCAUUUUUUAUGUUCAAGGGGUGAAGUCCACCCCUUCAUUUGUUUUUAGCUUGUAACAGCCAUUUUAGAAAAUUUUCGCGAUUACAAUAGUUCCCUGCCAGUAGGCGUGGGAACAGAAAAAGUACAUUUCACGUAAUCGUGGAAGCAAUUUAUGAUGUAGAAUCAAAACUAUUCAUUUGGUGUUCUAACACGGUUUGUGAUGUGUAUGAAACAUAGCUAUGAGU